UGGAAGGGAAAAAUUUGAGGUGCGCGCUAAAUCGGAUCACUUCUCUAAUCGGGGAUUCUUUCUUUUUCUCUUACUUUCUCAGUUGUCAAACAGACUCAAUCAAAAACUCCCUCCAGACAUUCCCCACACAGCCAAAAUUUAAAUAUAUUAUGCACUCCCAGGAGACCAGCAGCGGGGACAGCAACAGCAAAAUCGCUUCUCAUUCUCCGCCAUCUGUUUCAGUUCCAGACUGGGAUCAACCCCUCACAGAGGAAGAGCUCCAAGCUAUCGAUGCCGUUGAAGCCGCAUUUCAACGAUCAACGCCUACGAAUACUAUUCCUUCAUCUUCAGUUAUCAGGAAGCGACAUUCACCUCCCCCAAAUGACCUAGAUAUGCGGAAAAACCGCCGCCAGUUGCCCAAUUCCGUUGUGGGUCUCUCUAGACCCUUUUCGCUAUCUCCUUGUGAAGCUAACACAAAGGUGAGAUAUCCUGCAUUAAAGUUUGGAGGUCACAUCAUAUAUAGCAGAACUCCAAUGGAAGUAGAAAAGGCUGCAAGAGAGCUGUUACAGAGUCUUGAAGCUAAACAAGGGGAAAUGGGUCAAGUUAUUGUGGGAUUUGAUAUUGAAUGGAGACCAUCAUUUAGAAGAGGUGUUUUGCCUGGAAAAGCUGCAGUUAUGCAGUUAUGCUGCGGCACUGAUUAUUGUCACGUGAUGCAUAUUAUUCAUUCUGGAAUUACAGAGACACUGCAGUUUCUUCUCGAGGAUUCUAUGCUGCUAAAGGUUGGAGUUGGCAUUCGCAAUGAUUCUGUUAAGGUUUUCAAGGACUAUAAUGUAUCUGUUAAAGCAGUGGAGGACCUUUCCUAUAUGGCAAAUAAAAAACUUGGUGGGAAGCCGAAAAGUUGGGGUCUUCGAUCACUAACUGAACUGCUCAUUUGUAAAGAGCUUCAGAAAUUGAACAGAAUUAGACUGGGAAACUGGGAAGUAGAUGUUUUAUCAAAGAAACAACUAGAGUAUGCUGCGACAGAUGCUUUUGCUUCUUGGCAGCUUUACCAGGUGCUAAAGACUCUCCCAGAUGCAAAGGAUGCAACUGCUGAAAGGAGUGACGAAUUGAAUGUUGUGCCACAACAAUGAGGAAAGAAAGAUGCACAAGGCAAGAAUGAGCCUACUGCAUGUGAAUGAAAUGGACCUCUCAAUCCUUGCAUAAGGUGUCUUAUUCAAUGUAAGUCUUUCAAUUCUUCUCUUUCCUUCAUGUUCAUUUAAGGUUAUCAUGUGAGCAUAUGAGAUGCCAUUCCUAUAAGGGCAAGAAAUUAUUACAUGAAAAUGAAAAUAGUAACUAUUUUGUGAUCCCAAUCCUACUUGGAUUUUUUUCCAAAACAUUACAUCGCACACUUCAUGUGCUUUCAUAAAGUGAUCCCUGAACCUUCCUAACUUGCUGCAAUCAUUGAUCAAUAAAUCAUUAACACAUCAAGGUGCACUAGAAUCACUCACCACUAAAUCAAAUGUCAGCGGUAGAAAAUAAUCUCACUAUCAUCAACGUGAUCAGACCGUAUCUUUAUGUAUUAGGCGUGUUUUUUUAUUGGCCAAUUGACUCAAAAAGUCUAAUAUUUACAUAU